AUGGACAAUGAAGCUGACAGGCAACAAAAAUAGAAUUAGUUUUCCAAAAUAUACGGUAAUGAUUAGGGCAUAAACUGGUCUUCGUUUCGAUCGCCUUUUUAUAGGCAGCCAGAUUUAGCUACAAGGUUUGGGGCAGCAAAGAUUAAUGGGGCGUUUAUGAAAGCUUUGAAGGGCUUUUAAAUCGUUGGAAGUUUUAUCCUUACGACAUUCUUUGCUUUCCUUCGCGCAUCCUUUCCUUUCCCUUCCGUCGCAGGCGGCCAAGGAUCCACUCAGAUUUAGCUACAAGGUAGCGUCUUCCCUGAUUUCCAGCAGAAAAGGUCCCGCCUUUGUGACAAAUUCCCCCUUUUCUUCGCUUGUGACGGUAAUCCGGCAGUGUUGUUCGGCAUAUCUACCCGCUUAGAUGAUAUGCGCUGCCAAAAGUUGUGCGGUCCGAGCAAGAAAUCUGAUCGAGCUGUCCUCGAGUGUGAAUUGCCAUCUCAGGAGACGGUGGAUAGAUAUUGACGUGAAGCCGCCGUUAAACUCUAAUUGGAACCGCUGCAAGUCGAAGACUCCCUUGAAGAUGAUGGUCGACUUCAGCACAUCUGCUGGGCCUCAACCAAUUUCUAACCUGCUGGAAAAAAAUGACUCCGGAGACGGAGGUUUAGUGACUGGUGCAGGGAGAAGCGAGGAUGGUAAACUGAGCUUUGGGUAUGCUAGCUUUCAAGGACGUAGAGCAAACAUGGAGGACUUCUACGAUACAAAACUUUCUAGCAUCGAUGAGCAAACUAUUAGUCUCUUCGGGAUAUUCGAUGGUCAUGGUGGAUCGCGGGCUGCUGAAUAUUUGAAGGAACACUUAUUUGUAAACCUUAUGAAACAUCCACUGUUCAUGACAGACACAAAACUGGCUAUUAGUGAAACAUACCAAAAAACUGACUCUGAAUUUUUAGAAACUGAAAGAAACACUUUCAGAGAUGAUGGUUCUACAGCUUCAACAGCAAUUUUGAUUGGAAAACAUCUAUAUGUAGCCAAUGUUGGGGAUUCACGAGUUGUGAUGUCAAAGGCAGGCAUAGCAAUUGCUCUUUCUGAUGAUCACAAGCCAAACAGAGGUGAUGAGCGUAAAAGGAUUGAAGAUGCCGGAGGAUUUGUUAUGUGGGCUGGUACAUGGAGGGUAGGUGGCAUACUUGCAAUGUCAAGGGCAUUUGGUAAUCGCCUUUUGAAACCAUAUGUAAUGGCAGUACCUGAUAUUCAGGAAGAAGAUGUUAACGAGCAAGUGGAGUUGUUGGUUCUCGCAAGCGAUGGGCUGUGGGACGUUAUCCCCAACGAGGAGGCCAUUGCUCUUGCUAGAAUGGAGGAAGAACCGGAGGCUGCGGCACGGACGUUGACACAGACCGCUUUUUCUCGCGGCAGCACCGACAACAUUACCUGCAUUGUCGUGAGGUUUCACAACGACAAUCUCGACGUGAAUUUCACAUCUUCUGAGAAGAAGACCAUUUAAACUUGUUUCAAUUCAUAUUCACUUUCUUUCUCUAAAACGAUCUACAAAAAAAAAAAAAAAAAAAAAACCUUUUCACGUGGCAGACUCAUGAACUUUCUUUACUCCCAAUCAUUUAAACAUUAUCGUGUUCGAUUGAGACAUGUAGAUUACUUCAACAUUUUUUCCUUUUUGGAUGUUCACAAGUUUUUGAUA